AUGCCAUUUCACGAGUCAAAGGACCCGUCCAGGAUAUUGAGCACAACCACCACCUCGCUCGCGGAUGCUAUUUUUACCAAUGGCUAUGGCGAUCCCGUUUUCACCACUCAGACGAGAGGUCGUACCACGGAAUUGCUCAGAGUGGAACCCGCUACCAAAUCUCUCUAUCCUGUGGCGAUCAUAUCAUGGCCAGAGUAUGAGGGCGAUGAACCAAUGAUAACAGCUCUCGAGUUACUAAAAAUGCCAGAUGGCUCCACCUCUACUGUGCGCCACAUAUCUGCACGAGCACAUACGGCUCGGUGGUAUCGUACCACAAUGUCGCCAAGGAAGGAUGUUUACGAGCGCUUCGCCACUGAACUCAGUACAAGCCGCGUGCUUAAAGCCACCAUAAUACGCCAGAAACGAGGUGUACUGUCGUGUAGGGAGGUCACUUGCGAAUUUCGACUUUUCCCAGACGCCUUCCUCCGAGAGGAUGUUGAUAAUGUACUUGCUGGAUUGCUCCUCCUGAUGAAACCCCAAGAUUGGAGAACAUAUCAGAGUCAACUAACGCGGAAGCAGCUGGAAUCUUGCAUUGCGGUUACACAACUGAGGAUGGAUCAGGAAAAAAUCUACGAAGUUUCGGGGCUGGCUGGUCAAGAGAACGACGAAAUCCUGGUCUAG